UAAAGACUGAAAGCUGUAGCUAAUAUACUUAGUGACUUAGAGUCCGGAAAUAAAAUUGCAAAUUUGUCAAAAAAAAAAAGUUACAUUUCGGACUUACAGUGAAAAAAAAUGGAAUAAGUUUGUAAAAUUGUAACGAAAAAAAAAAAAAAAAAAGGUUGGUAAUCGCUAUUGUAAACGUGUCCAAAUGGCGUAAUAGUUAAAUUAAAAAUUCUUUUUGCAAUAUAAUGUCUGUUGUAAGUAAGACUGCAAUAUCGAUAAUGUAUGUGUCUGUCAAUAUCUAGAAAUAAUUUAUUGAAAAUAUAAAAGAUGCAUAUGAGAGCUAAUGAUGACUUGGAUAAAUUUUUGAAAAUAAAUUGGCCUCAUGUAGUUGACAAUGGAGUUUUCUUUUGGUCAAAAAGCAUUCAUUUUCAACACUGUUUAGGUCAGGGAUCUGCGCUCUGACACUAUUUCUAGCUUGUAAACAUUUAGCCUGCCUGCAGGAUGUAAAGGGGCAUUAUCAUUAUGAAAAAAAAAUGUCUUGCAAUUAUAAAUUACCUUCUGUGUUUUUUUCUAGCCUAUAAUUUUCAGCACAUUUCGUCCGCACAUACACAAGACUGUCAUUGCCAACAUCUACCUUGCUUUCAUCAGAAUAAAAAACAUUGUCCCACCUACCACGUACAACACAUCUUCUCUUCAUGACCCCAGGCAGUACCACUUACAAUUGUUACACUGAGAAACUGGAUCAGUAUUGUAUGAUCUCGGAUCAAAUAAAGCGGAUUUGGUAAUUUUGGGCAAGAAAACUAUUUUUCUGUUGUUUCAAAAAAUAAAAUUGUCAAUGACGACAUACAGCGCAAGAUAUUCUCCCAAUAUUCAUUUUCCAACAGAUCUAAACACUUUUCUCAGUUACUCAGAAAACUGUUAGAUGUAGUUAAUUUUUUUUUAAAUGCUUAUUUAUUCCAAUUGGUUUUACCUUUCUCUAUAUGUUUCGUAAUGUAACACCAGGUUACUAGCAAUAUUUGUGGGUUUUACAGUAGGUGUCAGUAUGAGUACAUGUUUACAACGCGACUGUUUGACUUUACUUGACAUUUAAAGUAAUAGACCCGUAAUGACAUUCGGCAGUUUCCGUACGGUUACGUUUUCAUCGAAUGCGAUUUCGGCAUUCUCCGGGUUGCUGUUGAAAUGAACUACGUUAGGCCGAAAUACGUAAUCGACGGGUCCAUUACCUUAUACGGCACCAUAUUUAUGUCGAAUUAUACUUAUGCAUGCAAACAGAAACAUAAACAUGUUGAAGACCAUAUCGACUCAUUUAUUUAUAACAUUCUGAGCUGUAUGACAGCCUAGAUAUUCUGUCAUUCUAAAUAUUUUUCUGAUGAUUUGAGAAAGUAACAAAAGAUUUCUCAUAACACUUGCAUGUAGUUUUAAGACUAAAUGAAUUUUUUUUUUAUAUUUUCCAUAAGAGGGAUGAAGUGCGACCUUUCAGACAGACGUGUAGAUGGUGGAUAUGGUAUAAUUAUUGUCUUGUCAUCUUUCUGUCUCAUCCUGAUCACAGACGGUAUAUUUUUUUCGUUUGGCAAUUUGAUGGUUGAGCUGAUAGAAGAGUUCAACAAUGAUCGGGCAACAACAGCUUUGGCCGCUUCAAUCUUACUUGGGAUAUCUGGUCUUAUUGGACCUUUCUGUGGAGGUCUUUGUGACAUGUAUGGAUGCCGCGUUAUUGCUGUGGUUGGAUCUAUUUUAUCCUGCGUAGGAAUUUUGAUCAGUUCAUUUGCUACAAGCAUCUACUUCCUGUAUAUUUUCUACGGCUGUGUUGGUGGUGUAGGAUUAGGAUGUAUUUAUCUUACAGGGAAUAUCAUAACUGUACAACAUUUUUCCAAAAGACGUGGUCUUGCAUGUGGAAUAUCAUUAUGUGGGUCAGGAGUCGGGACGUUUGCUUUUAAUCAGUUCACGCGUGUCUUGAUAGCAGAAUAUGGAUGGAGAGGUACUAUACUAAUUGAAGCAGGCAUGUGCCUUCAGUGUGUUGUAUUCAGCCUUUUUCUGUUGCCUCCUUUUCAAGAGAGAAAAUGCUGUCCAAACACAUGUUUUAACGAGGAAACUGUUCGUACCCUAAAACUUGACAAUUUUCCAAAUACUCAUAACUGCGAAAUUAUAUCACUUAUCCCAAAUACCGGAGAAGUUAAAACUGAUAAAAGCGUCAAUAAAAACAAUUUUGAAAUGGAAACGGAACCAGAAGAGUCUGCUAUCAAACGUGAUAUGGGCAAAAAAGAAAUUUACAAAUCACCUGACACUGUCCUACUUAAACAAAUGUUCCAGUCAAUAUUUGAUACAUCACUUCUAACUGAUCUUAGAUUCUGGAUAUUUCUGCUCUCCACGGUGGUGGUUCAUCUAGCAUUUUCGGUGGUCAUUACUAUGACAGCAGAUCGGGCUAUGGAAUUAGGAAUGACGAAAUACGAGGCAUCUUGGCUAGCAUCUUCAAUAGGCAAGUAA